AUGUCGCAACAGCCAUCGCAGCGCAGCGCGCCGACGCCAUCUGCAUCCCAGACAACAACGAUCGCCUCCACGUCACAAAGCGCCCCGGACUCCGCGCCCAGGAUACUGCGCCUCCGCGGACGGCACAGCGCCAACGGGCGGUCGGUUCAAUGGGCCGAGGACGUGGUGGACAACGAGGGUUUAGGACGGAAGAGCUCCAAAGUAUGCUGUAUUUAUCACAAGCCCAAGGCCGUCGACGAAUCGAGCGACGAGUCUAGUUCGGAUUCCUCAUCAGACUCCGAGUCGGACUACGAGGAGAGGAUGCGUCGCGGGAGAGGACGGAACGGCAAGGGGCCCGAGAAAGACGGGGAUCAUCACGAGGGCUGCGAUCACGCCCACGAUCAUGACGACGGGAAGUCACGCGAGAAGAAGGAGAAGCGGCCGCCGAGCCCGAACGCCUACGAAAAGGUUCCGAAGCCGAAGCGGAAGGAGGAGGUGGCAGAAAAGAAGUAG